AUGAUUAAAUAUAUGAAACAGAAAAAAGUCAGGAAAGCGCAACAUGUUACGCUGCCACGGAACACAACCUUACAAGUUAUUAGAACUUUUGUCAGUAAAUUGAAUAAAAGACAUGAAGAGGCCUAUGAGAAGUAUAAUGAGCUCAUCGUAUUGGAACCUAAUAAAUUACAACAGCAUGUUGAGUAUUUAGCGGGUUUGACAAAGCUUUUACUCUAUGAGAAACUAACAAUAUGGCGUAGAAUCUGUGAUAUAGAAAAUGAAGAGCUCUCACGUCGUCACUUCCGAGAUGCACAACUCGCACAUCACUACCGCACAAAAGCUGAAAAUGAAGUCCGUGAAACUUGCUUUAAAAUGAUGACUGAGAUGUAUGAGAAGUUGUACUUUUCAACUGAUACAGUUCAUAAAAAGAUCAUGUACUAUAAGCUUAAGGCUGACUUUUAUAAAGUCUUCUGCGAGUUCAAAUUUGAAGAUUUGAGAGAGGAAUCAGUGGAUGAGGUCUUAAAAUCAUAUCGUAUGGCAUUGGAAUUGGCAAAUGGCGCUUAUUUAAAACGUCAUCCUUUAAGUUUAUCAAUUCACCUAAGUUUGUGCAUUUUUCUGUAUCAGGAACUCAAUGAGUACGAGACUGCCAUAUGUUUAGCUCAGCGUGCAAUUGAGGAGGCCUAUGCAAGCGAUGCCAACAUGGAUCCCCAAUUGGAUCAACAGAGUGCUGAGUUUUUUCGGUAUUUAAAUGAAAACUUGAAGCUCUGGUAUAAUGAGCAGAUUGCCUUGAUGAAAAAUGGAUGCUAA